ACUGUAAUCUGUAUCACCGUUAUCUUUUUAUUGAUAGCAUUUUGUAUUUCCCAUUUGUUUUGUUUGCCAUUGCCAUGGCAUGUUCAGCGGUGCUUCCGUUGGCCGUGGCUUCAUCUUCCAAGGUAUGUAAACCGACUUCCGCUUCUUCUUCUUCUUCAAUUGAGCAACAGAGUGAAAUCCAUGCAAAUACGACUCAGAAUUUUCGCUAUAGUAGAGCUUCUCCUUCUGUUAGAUGGCCCAACCUAAAAUUAACCGAGAGUUUUCAGUUACCGUCUCAAACCCAUUUCACCGCUCCAUCUCCUUCGCAGACCCACAUGGUUGAUGAAUCGGAGGUUUCUCUAAGAACGCAGAAUUCCGAAAUUAGGGAUGGGAGUUAUGUAGAAGAUGAGUCAGAAUCUUCGAGAAUGGUAGGCGAUGAAACUCGAGAAGUUUUAGGGAGGCCUAACAAGACGAGAGUGAAAAAGAUGAACAAAUUGGCACUAAAGAGAGCGAAAGAUUGGAGGGAGAGAGUGCAAUUUUUGACUGAUAGAAUUUUAGCAUUGAAACAGGAUGAAUUUGUUGCUGAUGUGUUAGAUGAUAGGAAGGUUCAAAUGACACCCACUGACUUUUGCUUCGUAGUGAAAUGGGUGGGUCGUUCGAAUUGGCACAGAGCUUUGGAAGUUUAUGAAUGGUUGAAUUUGAGACAUUGGUAUUCACCCAAUGCUCGGAUGUUGGCUACCAUCUUGGCAGUGCUUGGAAAGGCCAAUCAAGAAGCAUUGGCGGUAGAAAUUUUCACAAGGUCUGAGCCUGCCAUUGGCAAUACCGUCCAAGUUUACAAUGCUAUGAUGGGCGUUUAUGCACGAAAUGGUCGGUUCAUUCUGGUUCAAGAGUUGCUUGAUUUGAUGCGUAAGAGAGGGUGUGAGCCUGACCUCGUGAGUUUCAACACUUUGAUAAAUGCACGUAUGAAGUCAGGACCCAUGACACCCAAUUUGUCCCUUCAAUUUCUAAAUGAGGUUAGGAAGUCAGGUGUUAGACCCGAUAUAAUAACGUAUAACACUUUAAUUAGUGCUUGUUCUCGUGAAUCAAAUCUUGAAGAAGCAAUGAAGGUAUAUAAUGAUAUGGAGAGACAUAAUUGUCAACCUGAUUUAUGGACUUACAAUGCCAUGAUAUCAGUUUAUGGGAGAUGUGGCCUGGCCAACAAAGCUGAGCAACUCUUUAAGGAACUAGAGUCCAAAGGGUUCUUUCCUGAUGCAGUGACAUAUAAUUCAUUAUUAUAUGCUUUUGCUAGAGAAGGGAAUGUAAAGAAGGUAAAGGAGAUUUGUGAAGAAAUGGUAAGCAAUGGAUUUGGUAAAGAUGAGAUGACAUACAAUACGAUUAUCCACAUGUAUGGGAAACAGGAGCAACAUGACCUGGCUUUCCAGCUUUACAGGGAUAUGAAAUUGUCAGGCCGAAUCCCUGAUGAAGUUACAUACACUGUUCUUAUUGAUUCACUUGGAAAAUCUAGUAGAAUAGAAGAAGCCGCAAACAUAAUGACUGAGAUGUUGGAUUCUGGAGUCAAACCCACUUUAAAGACAUAUAGUGCUUUAAUAUGUGGGUAUGGAAAGGCCGGGAAACCAGUAGAAGCUGAGACGACAUUUGAUUGUAUGCUUAGGUCUGGGAUUAGACCUGAUUAUUUGGCAUACUCGGUUAUGAUUGAUCUCUUUCUUAGGUUCAAUGAGACAAAGAAGGCAAUGUUGUUGUACAAGGAAAUGGUGCGUGAUGGUCUAAUACCAGAUGGUGCCCUCUAUGAGGUUAUGCUUCGGAACCUUGUGAAAGAGAACAAAUUGGAUGACAUUGACAAAGUAAUAAGAGAUAUGCAAGAACAAUGUGGUAUGAAUCCUCAAGUUAUUUCUUCAAUUCUUCUAAAGGGAGAAUGCUAUGGUCAUGCUUCUACAAUGUUGAGAUUGGCCAUUGACACUGGCUGUGAGCUAGACGAUGAGAAUUUAUUAUCUAUUUUGAGUACAUAUAGUUUGUCUGGCAGGCACUUGGAAGCUUGUGAAUUACUAGAAUUUUUGAAGGAGAAGACUUCAAAUUCCAAUCAGCUGGUUGUUGAAUCACUGAUAGUUGUACUUUGUAAGGCUAAGCAAAUAGAUGCUGCUCUAGUGGAAUAUGGAAAUACAACUAGAGGGUUUGGUUCACAUGGCACAAGUUCCUUAAUGUAUGAAUGUUUGAUUCAAGGAUGCCAGGAAAAGGAACUCUUUCAUACAGCAUCUCACAUUUUUUCUGACAUGAUGUUCUGUGGUGUCAAAAUUUCGGAAAACUUAUACCAAGUCAUGAUGCAUAUGCACUGUAAAAUAGGCUAUCCUGACACAGCCCAUUAUUUGCUUGAACGUGCAGAGCUUGAAGGGGUUGUAGUAGAUGAUGUCUCUACUUAUGUUGAAAUUAUUGACGCCUAUGGUGAACUAAAACUAUGGCAGAAAGCUGAAAGUUUGGUUGGAAAUGCGAGGCUAAAACUAGCUAUCAUUGAUAGGAAGAUCUGGAAUGCAUUAAUACAAGCUUAUGCUAAAAGUGGUUGCUACGAACGAGCAAGGGCUGUUUUUAAUACCAUGAUGCGCGAUGGUCCUUCUCCCACAGUGAUUUCCAUUAAUGGUUUAUUGCAAGCACUAAUUGCUGAUAAUCGAUUGAAGGAGCUUUAUGCUGUAGUCCAGGAGUUGCAAGAUAUGGGCUUUAAGAUAAGCAAAAGUUCUGUUCUUUUGAUGCUUGAUGCAUUUUCUCGAGAUGGAAACAUAUUUGAGGUGAAGAAAAUUUAUCAUGGAAUGAAAGCUGCAGGUUAUCUUCCAACAAUGCAUCUUUAUAGGAGUAUGGUUGCAUUGUUAUGCAAGGGAAAACGAGUUAGGGAUGUCGAGGCCAUCCUAUCAGAAAUGGAGGAGGCCGGAUUUAAACCUGAUCUGUCCAUAUUGAAUUCUGUCAUCAAGUUGUAUGUAGGAGUUGAGGAUUUCAGAAAUGCUUCUAGAGUGUACCAUUUAAUACUAGAAACUGGACUGACACCAGAUGAGGAUACUUAUAACUCUUUAAUUACAAUGUAUUGCAGAGAUUGUAGACCGGAAGAGGGGUUGUCACUGAUGCAUGAAAUGAAAAGGCGGGGUAUGGAGCCUGUUUUGGACACCUAUAAAAGUCUGAUUUCUGCACUAUCUAAAAAGCAGCUAGUUGAAGAAGCAGAGGAGCUUUUUGAAGAGUUGAGAGCUAGUGGAUGUAAAUUAGACCGGUUUUUUUAUCAUGUAAUGAUGAAGAUGUUUAGAAAUACAGGAAAUCAUUUGAAAGCGGAGCGCUUACUUGUCAUGAUGAAAGAGUCUGGAAUAGAUCCCACUGUUGCCACAAUGCAUUUGUUAAUGGUUUCCUAUGGCAGUUCUGGCCACCCUAAGGAAGCUGAAAAGGUUUUCAAUGAUCUGAAAGCAACUGGCAUGAACCUUGAUACAUUACCAUAUAGUUCAGUAAUUGAUGCCUACCUCAGAAACAAAGAUUACAGUGGUGGAAUCCAGAAAUUGAUGGCAAUGAAGGCAGAUGGUAUAGAGCCCGAUUAUAGAAUAUGGACGUGCUUUAUAAGGGCUGCAAGUUUGUCGGAAAGUACAAGUGAAGCCAUUAUCAUUUUAACUGCAUUACGAGAUACGGGAUUCGAUCUUCCAAUCAGGCUAUUAACACAAAAAUCGGGGUCGCUGAUUCUGGAGGUUGACCAGUUUCUAGAGAAACUUGGAGUUUUGGAAGAUGAUGAUGCAACAUUUAACUUUGUCAAUGCUUUAGAGGAUCUGCUGUGGGCAUUUGAACUUCGAGCAACUGCAUCAUGGGUUUUCCAGUUGGCAAUCAAGAGAAGUAUAUACCGAAAGGAUAUAUUCAGGGUAGCUGACAAGGACUGGGGUGCUGAUUUUAGAAAGCUGUCUGCUGGUUCAGCCCUUGUUGCUCUGACUUUAUGGCUUGACCAUAUGCAGGAUGCAUCAUUGCAAGGUUUUCCAGAAUCUCCAAAAUCAGUUGUUCUGAUCACUGGAACAGCAGAAUAUAACAUGGUUUCGCUCAAUAGCACACUAAAAGUAUGCCUUUGGGAGAUGGGUUCUCCUUUUCUACCUUGUAGAACACGUAGUGGUCUUCUUAUAGCAAAAGCUCACUCUCUCAGGAUGUGGCUAAAAGAUUCCUCUUUUUGUUUGGACCUUGAGUUGAAAGAUGCCCCAGCUCUCCCCGAGCUUAAUUCGAUGAAGCUAAUCGAUGGAUGCUUUAUAAGACGAGGCCUUGUUCCUGCAUUCAAGGACAUAACUGAAAGAUUGGGCUUUGUGAGGCCUAAGAAAUUCUCUAGAUUGGCUUUACUUCCUGAUGAAAAGAGGGACAAGGUCAUUAAAGCUGAUUUAGAAGGUAGGAAAGAGAAGCUUGAAAAAGUAAAACAAAUUAUCAAGUCAGGGAAAGUAAGGAGGAUAAGGAAGAUUAAAAAGAGGGCAUACUAUCGUAGACUUGACGCUGUAAAGAAAAAAUAGAAAACUUCAGAUGGUAUUGCUUAUGGAAAUCAAGUUAUUCCUUUUUUGGCCUCUUAUCACUGCUAGCCAUGAACGACAGCUGCAACCAUUACUUUCAAAUUCAACAAUGUUCACUCUCUACAUAGCUUGGCAUUGAUGCAACAAUUGUGCUGUUUAUCCUUCUUUGGAUACAACUGAUCCUCUUGCAGGCCGGAGAAUUGGGGAAAUAAAAAAGGUUAUGUAUUCCUCAGUGGUGUCCUCACUGAGGGCUUGCCAAAAUCAUAUUGGAACUUCAUUGAUAAGACAGGGUCAGUUGUCUAACCUGUCUACAAGGCUGUAUGAAAUAGUUAUAGAGGCUAGUCUGUGGAUAUUGCUUCACUUUCUUUGUACUUCUCAGAUAGUGAAAUCUCUGGUUAAAGAGAAUCCAGAGAAACUUCCCUCCAUUAUUUCAUGUGAUAUAUUCAACCCAGAUAUGUAUUGAUGCCCUAGCUCACAAUGUGAAUGCAGGAUCGACCACAUUUUCUCUUUACUUCUCUUUGACAUUCGUAUCAUUCAUUCAUCGUUUUGCACUGCAGAAAAACUUCAUUCAUGCUUUUCUACGUCAUGGAUGCUCCCGAUCACGCCUGUUUGACUUGCUGUCAAAGUUGAAAUCUGGAAGAUGACAUUCUGAAGUAUUUGGGAUGAUGAUGGUAGGCGGUCAUUUUGUUUGCAUAGGAAAGUUUCAACCAAGGGCCAACCACAAACUCUUACAUUGGGUUGAUUCUUGGUGGUAUAUUUUGGUCACAACUUCUACCACCUUCCAAAGAUAAAAACUAAAUAGUGCUGAACUUAGAAUCUAUUUGAGAGGGGCACAUGCCCCGGCCCCGGCCCCUUGAUAAAUUCACCCCUGAUUUAGAUAGAUAUAUAGAUGUGGUCAACCGAUCUCCCACUCCAAAGCAUUCACUUUGGGCUUUGGUAUGGGCUAUGCUUUAUUUGGGUAUAUGUACUUGUUAAAUGUUUGUAUUGGUCUGUUUGUCACGUAUUUUUAAAAUGUCUAUUUCAGUUCUUGUGAAC